ACCCGCAGUAUCGAGCCAGCUCAGUGUCAGGCUUCAUAGCUUCUCACAUUUUGCUGAAAGUCUGAAGUGUUUAAUGGAUUCUUUUAUCAUUUAAGGGUUUGAAGAAUGGGUCACUCUGACGGUUGGAGGUGCAGUCCUGUUGGACAGGCGUUUUCCUUGAUGGCAGUAUUGCAUUGGAUCGUGUUGCUGUCCCUGCUGCAGACAGGCCAAUGUUAUGUUCGUAACCAACAAGCACCAGGAGAUCCAGUGUUUUUGGAUGCAGAGUCAGCAGCAUCCUUCAUGUCUCGCUCCUUGCUUGCUAACUACUGGGACUUUGAGCUGGUGAUGCAGGGUGACCUGGAGAGGGAAUGCAUGGAGGAAACAUGCAACUAUGAGGAGGCCAGAGAAGUUUUUGAAGAUGACGAAAAUACAAGACAUUUUUGGAGUACAUAUGAUAAGAAACCAGCAAAUCCAAAUACCUCCAACUUGGAUGUUUCUGGGUUGGUGGCGGGAAUCCUGGCCAUCGUAGUGACUGCUGUUAUCGCCACGGUCCUUGGAGUCUACUUCUACAAAAACAAGAAGAAACCCAGUACGAGGUCUGGCCGUGCUCCAGUCAGAAUGGGAGCAGAUGGGGCCCCAGUCCCGGAGGCGGUGCCCCUGUCUGGAGUGGUGGUCCCACCUCCACCGUUACCCAGCUACAAUGAAGCUUUGAUCCACAGUGGACAACAUGAUGCUCCUCCACCACCUUAUUCAGGGGGUGCGCCAUCAGAACCCGCUGAACCAGGAGAUGACUAAUGAGAAAGGUGGCCCUGGUGGGAGCGUCUUUUUUCUGUGCCUGAUGUCUAACUGAGAGAACUUUAUGCCUUCUGUUUACUGUUGCUUGUUUGGUCAUCAUGAAUGCGUAUUUAUUGUAGAACAUAUCCACCCCAGAAUGCUCACACCUGGUUAAACAAUGUGCACACAUGAGAUUCAUAUGAUUAUUUUUGAGGUGGGUGAUGUUCACUUUUGGUGGUUCUGCAGUUCACCCCAAGAUGAUUUAUGCAAAAGAACAAAAAAAGGUUGACAUUAUUUUUACACAGUGCAAUGUUUUAUAAAAAUAAAUGUAUAGACAUGUG